AUGUCUGAGUACGGGCGUAUGGACCCGUUCUCCUUUGCGGGCUCCAAGGAUGUCCACCAUCCUGUGAGCAUCCGCAUUAUGAAUCUAGAAGGCGAGGAACCUCCCUUCAGAUCAUCAACCCUUCUUGAGCGACCCGACUUGCGCCACAUUGGCUCGAAUAUCAGCCCUUACUCCGAUCUGUAUGUUACUGUGCAGGUUUGGUCCGGUUCUAAGCCCUUGACUGUCCCGGUACAGACUGCUUACAAGCCUUUCCGAUUCGAGCGAAAAUGGAACGAGUGGAUUCAGCUACCGAUUACAUAUGAUUCCUUGCCGGCCAACUCAUGUCUAGCCAUAACAGUAUGGGAUCUUUCGCCAGUUGGCGGAGACGGGGCUAUUGGCCAUGCCAUCCCUUUUGGAGGCACUACCUUGGCCAUGUUUGACGACGAUAACCAAGCACAAAAAGGAAGACAAAAGUGUCUCGUCCACCGACAUAAGCACGCAGAUGGUACCGAUAAUACAACAACUCCAGCGCUAAUCUCGACAAAGAAGAAGACAUCUCGAAAAGAGCAGCUCCCUCCCCUGGAUAAGGACGCAGAGGAGCUGGACAGGAUGGAAACUUUGUUUAAGAAACACGAAAUGGGCGAGAUACCUCGAGUUGAUUGGCUGGAUCAGAUGGUAUUCAGAAGCUUCGAAAAGAGAGGCCUACAAGCUGCCAAAUCGUCAAUGAAGAUGUUACAGAGGCAACAAGCCAUCAGCGGCGAGCAUGAAACGGAUGGCCAAGAUGGCGAGGACAACCACGAAAGACCUGGCCAGUCGACAUUUUUACUCAACGUCGAACUCCCGCGAUUCGACUUUCCCGUCGUUUUUGCCGACCAUGAAUACGGCCCUCCUCCUAUCUCGGCUCUUCAGAACCUCUCAGUCUCUCAGGCCAGUCUCGCCCACCGUCAGCCUCAAGUUCAAUACGGCCCUGGCAUCAAUGCCCUGGGCGAGAGCUCUGCAGCGCUUGGGGGACGCCUGAUCAAAGUGUAUGAUCCCGAAGCUGGACACCGGGACAACCCCGCAGAAGCCAAACACAGAAGAUUGUUCCGAAGCUCGCAUCGUCACGGCAUUCUUGACAAGGAUCUUAAGCCAAACGCCAAGGUUCGAGAUGAGCUGAAUCUGAUUAUGUCGUACUCUCCGACUCAUGUUCUCACGCCAGAGGAAACUGAUCUGGUUUGGAAGUUUCGCUACCACCUGACUAGAGACAAGAGAGCUUUGACCAAAUUUGUUAAGUCAGUCAAUUGGAAUGACCAGAGCGAAUCAAGGCAAGCUAUACAAGUACUCGGUCGCUGGACUGCUAUUGAUGUCGACGAUGCCCUUGAACUUCUUGGACCAUCCUUCGACAACUCGGCAGUUCGUUCCUACGCAGUGGAGCGAUUGCGCAAAGCUGAUGAUGAGGAGUUGCUAUUGUAUCUUCUACAAUUGGUCCAGGCUCUCAAAUACGAACACAUUUCAACAGAAUCAGAUGAGGAAAGUAUUCAUGAUUCAUCUUUGGCUCGCUUUCUGAUACAGCGGGCGGCUGCCAACUUCCUACUAGGAAACUAUUUCCACUGGUACCUGAUGGUGGAGUGUGAUGACCCAAGUCCUGAGCAGGGUGUUGAUAAUCGUAACAUCUACCGAAAGGUUGCAUAUGAUUUCAUGGUCGAGCUUGUCAAGCAGCCGGAUGGCCAAGAGACACGCAAAAUUCUACUACGUCAGGCCGAGCUAGUUGCCAUACUUUCAAAGAUUGCACAAGAAGUCAAAACGUCAAAUGAAUCGAUCGCGAAGAAGGUUGACAAGGUAAAACAUUUCUUGGCUGACCCCAAGAAUGAGCUUCUGACUUUUGAGCCGCCUUUGCCAAUGCCGCUUGAUCCUUCAGUAUUGGUGACGGGAAUCAUCCCAGAUCAGACAGUGGUUUUCAAGUCAUCGCUAAACCCAUUUAAAUGCACGUUCAAGACGUCAACGGGCAGCCCAUAUCCCAUCAUCUUCAAGCUGGGCGAUGAUCUUAGACAAGAUCAGCUCGUCAUUCAGAUCAUCACUCUCAUGGAUCAAUUGUUGCAGAAAGAGAAUCUGGACCUCAAGUUGUCACCAUACAAGAUUCUGGCGACAAGUACUUCCGCUGGUGCUUCGCAGUUCGUACAGUCGGCAAGCUUAUCAAGCAUUGUCAAUAAGUUCAAGAAUAACCCAGCUCUGGCAUAUCUCAAGUAUCACAAUCCGGACGACAGGCAACCCCUUGGCGUUCGGCAGGAAACUUUAGACACAUACGUAAGGUCUUGCGCAGGCUACUGUGUCAUUACUUACAUCCUUGGUGUCGGCGAUCGUCAUUUAGAGAAUCUUCUCCUUGCGCCUGACGGUCAUUUCUUCCACGCUGAUUUUGGUUUCAUCCUCGGUCGAGAUCCCAAGCCUUUUGCGCCCCUAAUGAAGCUUUCAAAGGAGAUGGUGGAUUGCAUGGGAGGUGUGCAGUCGGAGCAUUACAAACAGUUCAAGCAGUACUGUUUCUUGGCAUACACUGCACUACGCAAGUCAUCGAACCUUAUUCUUAAUCUAUUCAGCCUCAUGGUCGACGCCAAUAUUCCUGAUAUCCGACUUGAGCCGGACAAGGCAGUGCUCAAAGUCCGAGAACGUUUCCAUUUAGAGCUGAGCGAGGAGGAAGCGCUACGAUAUUUCGAUCGAGUCAUUGAGGAUACAUUAACUGCGUAUGCACCCGUUGUCAUUGACAAAUUACAUGAAUGGGCGCAGGCUUUCCGGACUUAA